GAUGACAAAUUGCAAACAUAAGAUGACAGUCGAACAUACAUUUUUUAUACUUUUUGUUUAAUGAAAUCUCCAACUAUAAUAAAUCCAACAAAAUAAUUAAAAUUACUUAUCAAGCCAAAAGCAGUGGAAAAACUCUUCAAAAUGCACCAAGCUUACAACGUUUAUUCCAUUUUAAAGCAGAGCGUUCAUAUUGAGUCGAUUGCGGCUUACGAUAACAAUGUUAUCCUUGGUACCCGAAGUGGCCAGUUGAUUAUGUAUUCUGUUCAAACAAAUGAACCCGAUGGUAAAAUCAAUUUACAACUAUUGAAAUUCAAUAAGAAUUUCAGUAAGAAAGCAAUAAAUCAAAUGGAAGUAAUUGCCGAGGAAAAUCUUCUUUUCAUUCUUACUGAUGGCAUGAUCCAUGUUUGUGAUAUAAGUCGAUUGAAUUUUGCAUUUAUUCAUAGUUCGGUCGAGACAAAGGGAAGCAGUAUAUUUGUUUUAGAUGUGAAGACGCCCAAAUCCCAAACAGGAGCUACUGCAACGGUUAUCCGAAUGUGUGUUGCAAUCAAACGAAGAUUGCAGUUCUACUAUUGGAAGCAGGAUCGUUUGCAUCCUUUGCCAAUUAGCAUUGAGUUGAAGGACGUCCCGAAAGCACUGUGUUGGAUCGACGACAUCAUUUGUGUGGGAUUUAAGGAUGAAUAUGUUAUCUAUAAUAUUUCAUCCAACAUCCCGGAAAAACAUGACUUAAUUGUUACAUCAUCUUCUCAUAGCGUCGACCCAUGCAUAUGCGUAAUUAAAAAUCUCGUCUUUGGUGUUUCUAAGGAUGAAUACCUCGUAGCUAUAGAUCCAAAAGAUUUUGUUAAGUUCAAAGAUUCCCAAUCGAAAUCAAAUAAAGAAACUGCUGUUUCCGGAGGAGAAGCCAAGACAUCUCUGAAGCCACUUACUUGGAGUAGCUCAGUUUUGGAUUUAGUUUGGGAUGAGCCAUUUGCAAUUGGUCGAAUCGCAAACGGUGUUGAAGUUCGUUGCCUUGAAAGCAGUUGUAUCAAUAAAGAUACUCUAGUUCAGAGUAUACCCGAAUUGGGAAAGGUUAAGUUCCUAAUCCGAUCUGGAAAAGGUACAAUAUUUGCAGCUGCAAUAUCUGAACUUUGGUACAUUCAAUUGGUUGACAUUCCAACUCAGCGACAAAAUUUGCUCCAACAAAAGAAAUUUCAACUAGCAAUUGAACUCACAAACAUAUCAGACGAGCCAGAGGAAAUCAAAGCUGAUACUAUCCGUCAAAUUCACACACGAUAUGCUAAGGAACUUUUUGCUAAUAUGCAAUUUUCCGUGGCAAUGAAUGAAUUCGAGAAAGCCCAGGCGGAUCCCUAUGAUGUCAUUCGACUAUUUCCUAACCUAGUUCAGGAUCAAUCGAAAACUAACCCGCCCAUGGAGUCUGUUAAUAUUCCAGUCCUUGAGGAUAAAGACUUAGAAAAUGCACUCAUGGCUUUGAUCGAUUUUCUGGCCGUUGCAAGACAAAAGGAAAUUCAUAAGCUAAGCAACAUAAAGGGCCCCUCAAAGUCAUCAUUAUUGUCUAUUAUUGAUACGACUCUCCUAAAGUGUUACUUGCAGACAAAUGAUUCCUUGGUUGCUCCUCUACUGCGUCUUAAGCAGUGUCACCUGGAAGAGUCUGAAAAGACCCUCAAAAAGCACGACAAAAUAAGUGAACUUAUUAUUCUCUAUCAAACAAAUGGCAAACAUAAGAAAGCUUUGGAAUUACUCCAAGCUCAGGCUUCGAUUGAAGGUUCGAGCUUAUAUGGCCACGAAAGAACGAUCAGAUAUUUACAAUCUCUGGGUGCAGACCAUAAAGAUUUGAUAUUUGAAUUUUCCAAUUGGGUAUUACGGAAACAUCCAGAAGAUGGUUUAAAAAUAUUUACCGAAGAUUUCAUCGAAGUUGAAAAUCUUCCCAGGGCCAAAGUUCUUGAUUUUCUUUUGGUUGGACACAAGAAUCUAGUGAUACCCUAUUUAGAACACAUUGUUAAUGUUUGGAAUGAACCGAUAACAAUGUUCCAUAAUAUUCUUGUAAAGCAGUAUCGAGAGAAAGUCCAAAUUUUAAUGAAAGACCUGGAACAAACAGGCAGUGAAGGGAACAGUGAAAAACUUCAGCAACUGGAAACAUAUCGUUCUAAAAUGUAUGAUUUCUUAAAAAAAUCCGAUAAGUAUUCACCAGAAACAGUUUUGCAAGAACUUCCUACAAAUAUUCUGCUUGAAGAACGGGCUCUUAUUUUGGGAAAAUUGAAGAAACAUGAAAAAGUUCUUGCUAUUUACAUACAAAUUCUUGGCAAUGUAGAGAAAGCAUCUGAAUAUUGUGAAGAAGUUUAUCCCGAAGAAAACGAUAUAUUCGCAAUGCUAUUAAAAACUAUUCUUAAUCCACUGAGUGUCCCGCCAUAUCCCGGAGUAGAUUUACAUCCUGAUUUCUUGGCACCGAACUCCGAAAUUGUCUUACAAUUGCUAAACAAAUAUGCUGUCAAUAUAAAUCCUGCAAAAGUUUGGCCGUACUUGCCAGAAGAUAUGCCUUUGCAUAGAUUAAGGAAUUACAUGGAAACUGUAAUUCGAACUCAAAUGGAACGGAAGCGACAUCAUCAAAUUUUGAAAGGUCUUCUUACAGCCGAAUGUUUACGACUACAAGAACAGCGGAUGCAUCAAGAAAAGAAAUGUGUAACAAUAACUGAUUUCAGUAUUUGUCCGGUUUGCAAGAAACGAUUUACAAAUCAGAGUGCGUUUGUUCGAUAUCCAAAUGGAGAAAUUGUACAUUUGUCAUGUCAUGACAAGCAAAUUGGAGUUGCUUGAAACUAUAAAUUUAAUAUUUACUUUUAAAUAUUUUGGAUUAUUAAUAAAUAAAGCUCUUGUAAUAUUGUUAA